AUGCAAUGCAAAGUAUGCGAUUCACGGUCAACUGAAUACCAUUUUGGAAUUUCUUCAUGCAGAGCUUGUGCAGCAUUCUUUCGGAGAUAUGUGAACUCUCCAAAGCAGCAAAAAGAAUGUAAUUGUGAAAUGGAUAGACCUCCUUGUAGGUAUUGCCGAAUGGAAAUGUGUGUGAAAGCUGGAAUGAUGGUUUCAAAAGUUCAACAAAAACGAGACUGUAAUCCUUGUAGAGCAAGUGGAAGUUCUUUAGAAACAACUCAAAUUGCCUUACGGAAUAGUGAUCGUAUUUUCAAAGCUUUGGGGAAUUACAAUGUUCUCGGACAAGAACGAAAAAUAGUUCAUAAGACGAGUCCUGCGAAAAAAGUCAACUUCUUUGAAUACACUAGCAUUGCUAUUAUCGACUCUCGCAUGGUUUGGAAACUUCUGGAAAAUACUUUAAUCGAACUUCAAGUGCUUGAUGAAAAAGAUAAACAUAAUCUGUUUUCCAAUUUUUAUCCCAAAUGGACGCUUUUCGAGUCCGCAAUAAUGGCCUUCCAAAGAUCUGACGUCCAUACUUUUUUUGCUCCUAAUGGGAAACCGGCAAAACAAAUUUCGAAAUUCUAUAAGGAUUGUAUGACAUCAAGACUACGAAUGAAAGACGAUGAAGUGUUGAAAAUAUUCGAGCCGUAUUGGAAUUCAUAUUAUGGACACGUGGCCUAUCCACUGUUUGAUCUCAAAUUCGAUUACAUGGAGCUAAUGGCCAUUUUGACGUUGUUGCUCAUGGAUCCCGGAUACACAAACAUAUCUGAUGAGUGUUCGGAAAUGUGUCAUAGUCUGCGGAAAGUAAUACAAAGAGAAUUAAAAGGAUAUUAUUUGGAGAAGAAUUUGCCGACGGAGAGACUAUUCAAGAUAAUAGACGCAUUACUUUUGAUGGAGAAAGCAGACACGUGGCUACAGGAAGAAGUUCAUAUGUGUGGAAUUUACAACGUACCAGUCGAUGAAGAGUUUCGACGUAUGAUGCUUAACCUUAUUGUAUUCUAUAUGGGAUUCAUGAACUUGUUACUGGUUAUCAGUCUAAUGAUGUCCGGAAUCCGAGGAAUCUCUCCAGAACGACAAGCCGUCUGCAGUAUUGUUCUAGAUGUUUGUAUUUUUGUAUAUAGCAACUUCCUCUCCCAUAUCAUCACGUAUUGCUGUGAGAAAUGGAGACGUCAUUUGUCGGCAACUUGGAAGAAGAUCGGUUGUCGUCCCUCUACAGUUCAUGUUGCCCCACUUUGUGAUACAUUUGGAUCCGAAAUGAAUGUGAAUGUGACCGUCGAUACAUACUUUACAACUCUCCGUAACUCUUGGAAUGCAUCUGCCCCCGUGAUCUCGAAAUAA